AUGAGAAGAUUGCUACUUUUAACAGCAAGUGUGCUUUCACAGUUAUCAGAUGAUGAAGAUUUCGAAGGAUCGGGAGAAGCGUCUGGGGAUUUCAUUACCAAUUACAGCGAAAAUCCUGAAAUCCGCUCCGACAAGUCGCCCAGCGAAGCCUCCCUCUUCGAUCACUUUGUGAAUAAGAAAUUUCUUGCCGCUGUCAUCGCCGGAUCCUGCGUCGGUAAGUUCAAAGACAAGCAGCGUGUCAGGUUUAUUACUGGCAUCGAUGGCGAUGACGCUGGUCCUGUGUAA